AUGGGGCAGAGGCACCCCGUUACGUCAGCCUACUUGACGAUCAUCCACUGUGCAGCCAAAGCUUCUAGAAACGGAGCGAUUAAACUAAGUUUUUUUCCGGCGGAUCAGGUAAAAGCCGUGAACGCAGCAGGCGAAAACUUGCCUACUGCUUCUUCUGGUGCAGGCUCACGCGGUGACGCACUGCUUGGCCUCGAAGAUCACGACCUCAAGCAGAUAUACUCUGGCGAAUCGGAUGGCGACACCGAGUCGACGAAGGCUACCACGAAGACAGAGCCAAGCGCAGCAAUGACAGAGUCCAUGAAGUCGGUCAAGCAAAGAGCCAUGAGCCUCGCUGAGCAUCGUGACGUCUUCAAAUCUUUCGAUUCUUCGGACGCUUCUUCCUCAAGGAUGAUUCGUUUACUAAAGAGCAAUCAAGGCGGUGGCAAAAGCUAG